CAACGACGUUUUCGACUCCUCGAUCCUCUACCUUCAGGUUGUGGGACGAUUUCGAAAAGACACAAGUGCAAAUACAGCGGAUCCAUCUCGACCCGCCUUCUCGACUUUAGUUUCUACCUCCAUUUCGAUAGGCUCUUCAUCACUAGCCAUAAACCGACCAUGGUGAAAUUCAGCCUCAAACCCACCGCCGACAAACGCUGGCAGGGUGUCCAACGGCACUACUUCACUGUCUUCAUUCUCAAAAACAUUGUCCUCGUCGCGUUCAUCGGCCUCACCAUCGCCGAGAGCGUGCUGAUAUCGAAAUGGUACAAGGAAAUGUGGACGCAUCCACAGUCUACCAAGUUAGACGGCCCAGUCGAAUUCUGGACCCGCAUAGGCAUUGCGCUCAUCCCAGACGUAAUCAUAACGUUCGUAGCCAUCUUUUGCAUGUUGACGCAAAAGUGGCACCCCAUCACCGCCCUCUGCUCGACGGUAGUGCUCUCAGCGCUGUGGCUCUUCUGCGCCGUCAUCAAUUCCCUCAUCACAUACUCUGGGGAAACCAUUUACUUCGCCAACAUGGACUACCGUGACCGAUGGGACGCCAUGUGUUUCGCCGAGACGGGGCUCCAGGCCGCCAUAGCAGUCAUGUACAUGGUCAUGAUGGGCUUUGCGGCCAAGGCAGUGCAUGUAUGGAGGAAGGGCCCGAGGGUGCUGGCGUAUAGGGAUGUUGAGGAGACUUCGUAG